AUGGUUUUGAACAGAACGCAGCAGAGAAUUGUGUCUCUGAAAAACAGUCUACUGGUGUAUGGGAUCAUGGGUGGUUACAGCAGCAGUGGCAACGGUUAUGAUUUCAGAAUCACCAUCAGUAACAUCCAGACAGAGGACUCAGGAGUUUACUACUCCUGGUACUACCAACAACCAGGAACAGUCCCCAAAGCCUUGACUGGCACAGGGACCACUCUCCUGGCAGGAAGUCCCUCUCGGUUCAGCGCCGGCGGAUCUGGGAGUGACUUCACCCUGACUGUCACAGCAGUCCAGGCUGAGGACGCAGGGAUUUCCUACUGUCAGAGUGAUCAGGCUCUAUCACUGUGGUACACUUUUGGUGGCGGCACUGAGGUCAUCGUCUCAUCGGGGGUCUCAGUCAAACCCACCCUCUCCCUGCUCCCCCCCUCUUCUGAGGAGUUGUCCAAGGGCUCGGCCACGCUGUCCUGUCUGCUGAGCAGCUACUCCCCAAAAGGAGCGCUGGUGACUUGGCAGAAGGAUGGGAGGGAGGUGACGGCGGGCGUCCUGACGGGACAAGAGGUGUGGAGCAGCACUGGGUACAGCCGCAGCAGCAUCCUGACCCUCAGCAAAGCCAGCUGGGAUGAAGGAGACCUCUACACCUGCUUGGUGGCCCACGAUGGCCGCAGGCAGUCCACCGAGCUCAGGAGGACACAGUGCAGCGGCUAGAGAAACGCCCCCUACAGGCUGGAAGCAACCUUCCCUCAAAUGCAUGGGUUUAUAAAAAGAGAUGAAUAAAAAUGAGGCAGGGAUGUGAACACAAAAGCCCCCUUGCAGUUUCUAACAUGUGUGUGCUUAGGUGUGUUGUAGUUAAGUGUGUAGGGGUGAGUUUGGGGAGAGGGGCACUUUGGUUAAGUUCAUCUGUUGCUUCUACUGUUGGUUUCUGUUGCUGAAUGUAUUCCUGCUUGUCUGCUGCUCAGAAGUUAAUAAAGUUUUUG